UGCUACUUUACACAAAUCAACAUAAGGAUAAUUCUAUGUACGUUGUUUCGAAAAAAAAACCCAACCCAUUCAUAGGCAGCCAUGGAUUGGAAUCAAAUGGACGAAUGGCUCUCCACUACAAUCUAUCACAACGAUUCUUUACCCAUCUAUAAUCAAAGUGAAUCAAAACUCGCCGUGUUGAACACGUUACGAGCAUUGGAUCUAGACUCUGCUGACUUAUUUGACCAUGUUCUUUGCAAUGAUGGCAUUGCAGAAGUCAUCUUGACUAAGGCAGGACAAGUUAAAUUAGACGCACUGGCGAGUUUAGCAAGUUCACUGGGCAUUGAAUCUGUUGAAUUGAGCAAUUACAUUACAGCCAUCACUUCAUUUACAAUAGAACAUAUGGAAACACAACACACACUUCGCUCUUUGGGAGAAUUAGAAUACUCUUUGGAUGAGUAUCGUCGCGAUGCAGAACAACAUUUGCAAAGCAUGACAGAUAUUCUGACUGAAUUAAGGCAAAGCAGAAAGAAAACCAAUAUGGGUGAAAGCCAACAACAUCAUGCCAAAUAUAUCCAGGACGCGACAAAAGAAUACCUCGUUUUAAAGGAACAUUAUGAAAGUCUAGCUGUAGAAGAAAAGAGUAUCAGGUUAAGCCAGCUACAUGAUCUCGAGAAGAAUAUAACAAACAUAGAGCAAUCAUUACAAGAUAAAAGUAACAUAUUAGACACAUACAAAGUCCUGCCACCUGAUAUGAGACAAGCUUCACUGAAAAUGCAAAAAGCAGAAGAACGUUUGCGUAACUUAUUACAAGAGAAGGAGAAUUUGCUUCAUGAAAUAGCACAUAGUGUACAGGACUAUUGAAUUUCAAACUAGCCUUUCUCUUUCUACACCUUAUUUAUUAGAGGAAUAAAAAUGAAUGGAUUCUUUUAAAGCAUAA